CGUUUUAUUUAUAGGACAAACUUGAAGGCGAAGAUAAAUUAAAAAAAACCUUGCAUGCUCACCAAUACCAAUACCAGUCAUAAGUGCGCUUCCUAGCUACAAUGGCCGCAACACAGCUCCCAUCUUUCCAACGAGCCGUCCAACAAGACGAGAAUGGACAGCCGCGUGUCGUUUCCAAGGCAUCCAUCCCAUCGCUCCCAUCUGGCUUCGCGCUCGUCAAGACGUAUGCCGUCGCUCUCAAUCCUUCUGACCACAAAAUCCUCCACAAUUUCCCCAUCCCGGGCGGUUAUAUCGGGUCUGACUUUUCCGGUACUGUGGUCCAGACCGCCGACGACGUUAACACCGAUAUCUUGAAGCCUGGAACUAUGGUUAGUGGCGCCGCUUUCAAUUUCGCACCAACACAUCGGAAGGUCAACGGUGCUUUUGCCGAAUACGUACGCGCGCCUGUCGACCUAUUGCUACGCGUUAGCCCCCCUUCCUCCACACAUAAGGAUACUAUGGGGCCUCUUGAGGCAGCGACGUUGGCCACGGCGAUCUCGACUUGUAUCCUAGCCUUUUGGUCUCCAGACGCCCUUGGUCUUCUAGGGACUCUAGACGCCCCGGUCCACCACGAGAAGCCUAUCCCAGUGCUCGUCUACGGCGGCAGUACGGCCACGGGAACAAUCGCCGUACAACUUCUGAGGAUGUCAGGCUACGAUCCCAUCGCCACGUGCUCACCGCGGAACUUCGAUUUAGUCCGCGACAGGGGCGCUUCCGCCGUGUUCGACUACUCUACACCAGAUGUCGCUAUCAAAAUUAAGACGCACACAAAUGGACGGCUCAAGUAUGUCUUAGAUUGCAUUAGCGAUGCAGACAGCGUCUCUAUCUGCUACGCGGCAAUCCAACGCGCGGGCGGACGCUGUGCGUUGCUAGAACGCGUCCCUGACGAGCUGCUAGCUACGCGAGAGGCUGUGCGCUCCGCAUUUGUCCUAGCCGCCGAUAUCUACGGCGAGGACAUCACAUUGGGGCAGAGAGGGUAUGAUCGGCCAGCGAGUAGAGAAAAACACGAGUUAGCGGUGCAGCAUUUGGGGGCGGUUCAGCGUUUGUUGGACCAAGGGAGACUAAAGGCGCAUCCGAUAGAGGUGUUGGACGGAGGAUUGCAGGGGGCUGUAAAAGGGCUAGAAAUAUUGGCUAAUGGACAGGUUUCAGGUAAAAAGCUGGUUGCAAUCAUCGGGUAAUCCUUUGGGGUCACAUAUGUACCUAAUAUAUAGGUAGGUAGGUACCUAGGUUAAGUACAUGUAUGUAGCACAUUCUCCUUUAGAUGGGUACAUCAUUAAGAGACGUUGAAAUAAGCUCGCUUGAAUUUUUACCUAAAGGUUUUUAACGACUAGAGGGUCCAAUUAUGUUGUUGUAUAUUACAUAAGUAAUCGUCAGAUUAGUCAUCCCUGUCAGGUGACCUAAGAACCCUAUUUUUCUGUAAUUAGGGGUGAAUAACGCGUUCCCACGAUCUCAACACAAUCAGAUCAAGAAUUUCAGCAAUAUUGCUUCAUAUCAACGUACUAAUAGUACGUAUCAGUUGUGUAACAUUAUCUCAGCUGUGGGGGUUA